AUGGCGGACCUCUUCUUCGGGGGAAGCCCCUUCCGGCGGCUCCUCUACGCCCGCCCCUUGGCCUACGCCACGGCGGCCAUGGACUGGGUGGAGACCCCGACCUCCCACGUCCUCCGGAUCAACGUCCCGGGGCUGGGCAAGGACGACGUCAAGGUCCAGGUGGAGGACGGCAACGUGCUCAGCGUCAGGGGCGCGGCGAAGGAGAAGGGGAAGGAGGGAAACGAGGAAGAGGCAGUGUGGCACGUGGCGGAGCGCGGGAAGCCGGAGUUCGCGCGGGAGGUGGCGCUGCCGGAGCACGUCAGGGUGGAGCAGAUCAGGGCCAGCGUCGACAACGGCGUGCUCACCGUCGUCGUGCCCAAGGAGCCCGCUCCGGCACGGCCCCGGACCAGGCCCAUCGCGGUCUCCAGCAAGCUGUGA